AUCAAUUGAGAUAUCAAAAUUCCAUUACUAAAAACAUCAAAGCUCCAGAGAUAGAACUGAGAAAAUUAAAUGACCCUCAGAUUGGAAAUUCUACUUACACACGAGGUAACAAAGAAUCACUUCUCAUUAAGAAACUACUAAAUGGAGCUAUUGAAGUCGCCUGCAAAC